UCACAAAAUUCGAUCGCAGUUACGAGCAAAGUCUGCAUGUUCUUUUUGAUUUAGUUUGUAUAAUGUUUUAUAAAAAAAUUCACGUAAAAUGUAACAGAGUCUUAGUGUCUCAGAGCAAUUGUGCAUCCAGUAGUCUGUCCACGUAAUCACACGUAAUGGUUUUUCUACGAAAAUUCGAAUGUUCAUGUGGCUUGAUCGGGAGCGUCCUAAAGGCGGAGAGGGACACGAAGGGCCACGUGACCGGGCGCGUGUUCAACAGUAACAGCUGCACCGAUGCACUCCUUUCAAUUCACGUUGAACCUCCAUCGAGGUAACAUUGCGACGGUCAGCUGAACGAGUUUUAUCUCUCGAUCGCGAGAUCGAAAAUAUUUUAUCCCGGACUUUGAGUGUAAAAUCGAUUCUACCUCCACGUUUGUUAAUUUAAACGUUACAAAUUAUUCCACUUUCCGCUCUCCAAAUCGAAAUCAGAGCGCGGGAUUGUCCUCGUUUGAAUAUCCCGAUGCAGAAGUUAUGAAUAUAACGUAAUUCUCGAAAAAAAAGAAAAACGGAAGUGAUUCUGACUGAAGUGGCAAGAUCGAAGCACGAAAAAUAUAGAACUCAAAAGGCAAUGGAUAGUCGCAGAAAGCUAAUUCGCAAUCGAUGCGUGAUGAUGGCAAUCGUUAUCGUGUAUACACUGGCUGUAUUUAUCAAGGCGGCCGAGAGCAGGCCUCACAUCAGACACCACCGGGACGGCUCGCACUGCAGCAGAUGCGGUCCAGGCUACGGCAUGAUUGUCCGUUGCACUCGCGGCCGCAACACCGUAUGCCAACGUUGCCCCGCCGGCAAGUACAGCCCGCAUCACAGCACGCAGCCCUGCUGGAACUGCGCCAGAUGCGGUCCGGGUUUGUAUGAGGCCCAUCCGUGCACCUCGUACUCCGACACCGUCUGCGACUCGUGCCAUCGGCCCGCGCCGGACAAUCCGGACUAUCGGCGUAAAUGCGAGGGUCGCGCCAAGUUCUUCCUCGCGCCGGAGGACGCGCAGAGCACCGCUGAGGAGAGCGUGCUGGUGAACGAGCCGGCCUACCGUUUCCAACUGUACGACAGGGACCAGGUACUCGAAAAGGAUGUGGAGGCCAUCCUGAGGGACAAGACGGAUCCUGGGUUAGUCGAAUCGGACGAUUUGCAGAGGCUCCAACCAUCGUCCGAACAAUAAUCCUGAAUAAUAACGAAGAAACACGCUCUGAUGACACAUUCUUGCCUGUCGGAUAACGAAAAGGAAGGUAUAAAGCUUUCACGAUUGUUGCAGAAUUCUCGAAACUGGAUCACGACUGGAUAACUCAUCUGAGAAAUAAAUGGAUCGCGUAGAGGUAAAAAAGAAAAUUUCACAGGCCCGUAAUAGGAUUAGAAGACUAAUGUAUGUUCGAUAUUGAUCGAUCCUUCAAUGCUAGUCAAUUAGCGCUUAAGAGAAUUAAUUUGUUCUGGAGUAGCGUACGGACUUUGGUACGAGUUCAAAAAUGGGAAAUAUUCAUGAAAUGAAUAUUCAUUUAUUUGUCCGCUAGAAUUUCGAUUGUUCGCCGUCGGUUGCUACAUCGGGCGACGCAGUAAGGAGAUGGAAAAUACUCCCUGACCCCGCUAAGUAUAUUAGCAUAUAAAUAAAUCCCUCUCCUGAAUACGAAUAGACUGUUACAUUUUUAAUAUUUAGGUCUGUAUUGCAAGUCGUAUUACAAGUGGAUAUAUCAUUGUAGCCGUUGUCUGUAGAUUCGCUGUAGAUGCUGUAGAUUACGUCCAAGCUCUUACAUCGUAAUCGCCAUAUCGUGGGACAUCGUUCUACGAGAAAUUUCCCGCGAUUUAUUUUUGUGCUUUCCAAUAUAUGAUUAUUGCAUCUAGAUUUAUACAGAUUAUCGUCACGACUGAUGACAAGAGAGUUGCACUUACAACGAAUCAAUGUACGCUCGAAUCUAUGUGAAAUCGGCAUGCCCUUUCAAUUUCACUCGAGAUCAGCGUGAUCAAUAUUGGCGGAUGUCAAGUCGACGUGAUCUUUAAACGUUAUUUCGUCUCGAAAAUAUUUCUGGCCUUCGCGAUUACGAAUUCAACCUUCUGAUCCAUAUUUAAUUGAUGCGCUUUUUGGAUUGCACAUGCGAACGAUUGAAAGAUAUAAAUAUCGUCGGGCGCCGUAAAGUAUAACAAUGGAAACGCCUGCAUUGCGCAAUACGACUGUGUUUAAAACUUUCAGCAUUAUUUGUACAUUAUUCCGUUUACGGAUCUAGAUCUCUGCGACUGUACACCGGCUUAUACAGUGUACAUUUCUAAGCGUAUUUUGAUUAUCCUCUUCAAGCACUGACACGAACGCGUGCAUUUAGUUUCUCUUUUAAAUUCUAAUGUACUGCUCAUAACAGAAAAAUGUACAUUAUUCGCCAUAGUAUUUCUAAUUCUUCUUAAACUUUUCUCGUUUAACUGUAGAUUUAAUUUGAAAGUAAAACAUAAUUUAAUUUGGUUAAAAUAAUAAUAAAAUAGAAUAAUAUUUUAUUAUUAUUUUUCAACUUUUAAAAAUUCGUCCCUGAAGAGGAUUUUAUUACUAUACAAAAAAUCACUUUGUAUAUUUAUCAUAAGAUGGAUAUGAAGCUUGUAACUAGAGAAAUGCAUGUGUAUUCUAGUUUCGGCAAUCGAAGAUGGAUCGGGAUUACUUUCUUAAGUUCCCUUUUUUUUUCUUUUUUUUUGACAAACGGACUAGUUUCAAGAUUAAAGAGUUCAGUCAGCAAAAAAAAGAACCGAUCGAUAUCAAUAAAUGAGUUCAUGCUAAAUUCAACGUAUUCGAGGUGAAAGUUUUCCCGAUAUGUGUUUCUUCGAUUGGCUUUAGUAAAUAAUAUCAUGUUGCCAAUAUCUCGACAUUAUUAAAUUAUUGUGACAGAAAAUUUUUUUCUUUUCUUGCAAGGACGCGCUGGACACACGACAUUUAUCAAAAAUUUAUGCUGAUUCGUAGAUCUCUGUCUCACCUAUUUUUUUAUAUCUUCUACGUUUUAGCCAUUAUACAAGGUCACAUGCUAUACUGGUCUCCAUAAGGCAACUCAGACAAACAGGCGACUGACAAACUCUCGCCUAUUUGUCUGAAUCCUAAUAAUUCAUGUAGCAGCGUACUUUAAAUUAAAAAUUAAUUAAACGUGAACAUAAACAUUCCUUACAUAUAUACAUGGGUGUACAAAGGGGACAGAAAGAAAAUUAAAUUAUAAAAAUAAUUUUGGCGAGAGAGAGAGAGAGAGAGAGAAAGAGAGAGAAAAAUUAAAUAAUCAUUGGCUAAUGAGUGGUUUAUACUUUAUUCUCUAGGAAAGAUAAAAAAUUAAAAAAAAAAAGUUUAAAAAAUUGGAACUAGCAGAGGUGUUGAAAAAAAGCUGAAAUUUUGUUCCUACUCUUUUUCCCCACCCCUAUUAAAAUUGUGGCUACGCUCAUGCAUAUGUAUGAGAUAUUUUUUAAUAUUUUUUGACAAACAUCUCUGGAACCAUGUACGUCGUUUACUUUCCGUCCUCUUUGCGAUAUUCAUGUUUAAUAAUGAUCUUACGGCUCGGUUCUCUCGCGGUAUGACGUAAGAGGCGAAAAUGAUAAGCAAUAAAUUAUUUGCUACGCAAAAUCAUCGUGAUAAAUUUUUGAUAGCUGAGAAAUGUAUCUUUUUAUUUCAAGAAUUAUUUUACACUUUUACGUGACAGAUGUUUUACAAAGGUUUCAUGAUUACGAAAUUAUUAUAUUUUUAAGAGAAAAAAAACUAAGAGACAAAGCUGUAUGUAGCAAAUAAUUGUGUCAUUUCUCAUCUCUGACGACAUACAAACAACAUCGCACCGCGAGAGUCAAGCCUUUACUUGGACUUACUUUAUGCAUAUGGAGGUAUCCAAAAUAAUUUCUCGGUUCAAGUCUAAAAAGAAUUUUACAUUUAUCCUAUUUUCACACACACAAUUGGCCUUUUUCUUCUUCUUUAAUAUUCCCUUGUCACUUGAUACAGCGACCUCAGUCAUACUUCAAAUGCUCUCUUGAAACCUUUUUUCUAUAGCGCGUCACAAACAUCGUCCACACACAAGAUAAAUGAUGACGUUAGAAAAAUUAUACGAACGUUGAUUAUAAUCAUUCGUAACAUUUAUAACUUCAUUGAAAUAUUAUAUGGCACUUUGGCAGACGAUUUUCAUUAACAAUUUAAGUAUUGCGUUGCGUCAUUGUCAAGUUCAUCCCCAGUUCAUCCUCGUAUCACAUCUGAUGACACAACAGUUUUUGGCAGUCAACGACAUGCCGGUGGUCCCGCACACUUCUUACUCGCCCAGAUUUAACCCUAAUUAUUUUUGUUCCCAAAAAAAGAAAAGAAAGUUCAAGGCCUAAUCUUGCGAGAUAGUACGUGAAGUCAAGAUUGGAUCGCAGACGGUACAUGACGCGCUACAGAAUAAAAAAAAAAAAGACUCCGAGAGCGAUUAACGUGCUGAGAAUUGCUGCACAUCGAAUUACUAUUCCGAAAAGAAUAGAGGCUAAUUGUAAAUAGGAUAAGUCACAAUUUUUUCACAGACUUAGAAAACCGAUAAAUUUUCAUUAUCACGUGUAGAGUUCUCGUGAAUAUUAGAUAAGACUGCAAAGUAUACUAAUAUUACAUUGAUACCGAUGGUGUCCAUUAUUGAUAAAAUUUCAUGUCAAAUAUGAUUUAACGCGUCAACGUAUCUCUCGAGCUGCGACAUGUUCAAUGUCUCAUAUAGGUAUCAGCAAAUCUCAUUGCCAAACGGAGACGUAAUUAAUUAAACGCUGGAAUAUUUGUGGACGGACAGGCCGGCCAGUGACGAACUUUAUCGCUACACAAAUAUAUUAAAUGUAUUAAAUGGUAUCAUUAAUUUAUUUUAGUACUGUAAAAUGUAUUUUUAAGAAUACGUUGUAAAUAUAUCUUAGCUAAACGCUACGUAAAUAUUGUCGUUUACUUCCGUUUAUCGUACUAUUUCGUUAUACUUUAUCGUAUAAUAAAUUUUUGUACCCUAGACGUAAUUGUCUAAAAUCACGCUCUCAGUACAUGAAAACGCAUUGUCAGAUGGCUCCCAUACGAGUAUUUAUGCUUUUAUAAUUAAUUCCAAUUGCAGUUCGGUCCCUGAUUUUUAGAACGUUCAGAAUUUUUUCGAUGAAACAGGUUUUGGCCUGCCAACAUUUUCCUGUCUUUUAAGAAAAUACGUAUUUGCACAGAAAUCCGUAGUCUAAUUAUAAAGAUUACAAUGAAUCAAUGUUCUUGCACAUCUUGCAAGAAUUUCGACGGUUAAAUAGAAAUACGGCACAAGUGUGAUUGAACUUAAACUGUGUCGGAACAACAGAGAGAGAAAGAGAGAGAAUCAAGAGUCGGGCAGAGUAGGCAUAUUUUUUGUAUGAGAGAUAAUAUUUAUGUAUAUAUAUAUUAUUUUAUGAUAUAAAUCAAUAAUGUCUUAUAAACGUACAUGUACAUAUAAAGCUAAACGAUACAAAAUAAAUCGGUGAUCCAGGAAAGAACGCUUGCACGAUUUAUUCUGCAUAGGAAUCGGCUAGAGCGGUAUUCGGAAGAGAAAGAAAGGACGAAAACAAACGCACGCUAGGGGACGUAAAGAGUUGUUCUCGCGUAAAGAUUGAAUGUAGAAACUACGGUUUCUCGAAUUCCCGUGAAUCUCCCCGAAGCUCGGAAUUCGACGGACAAUAAAUUGAAUGGAGAGUUCGCAAUAUGUGGAAAAAAAAUAAAAUACGUGUAUUCGAACGAUGUGCCAC